AUACACCCAGCCUCUAAUCAUUCAGCAGGUAGUCUACGCAUGUGAUCGCAAGCCUCCGCUUCUACACCUGACCAUCUUUUGGCAGUUCUUAGCCAAAACAGAGAAUUAACUCACCGCAAAGGUCAGUUAAAAUGGGGAAUGAAUUAAGCAAGACGCAAGAAAGGGAGGACCAAGAAGAAGGUCUACCAGAAAAUGAUUCAGAGCUAGUAGUUGGAGUUAAGAAUGGACCAGUCACACAACAAAGCCCACCUGGAUUGAACGCUAUGAAGUCCAAUGACCAAGUGGACACAAAAAUUGUCCAACAGGAAAAUGUGAUAACGUCUUCUCAAAAAACCAUUAUAAUCAGUCCCAUCUCAAAUGGAAUUACUAAUAAUCAACCAUCCGCUAAAUCUAAGUUCAGGAUGACCAUCACUCGGCCUGCCCCGGGACCCGCCGCAUUCCAAGCCAACGGCCCAGACAUUGAGGUUGAGAAACCGGUGGUGACAUUAGGAGACCAGCCCGUUGUCCAAGUUUCGAAUGACACCCCAGUCGUUCUACAAACCAAUGUCAGCGGCAUCCAAAACCAGCCUCCACCUUCUACGUUACCCGCAGAAGAUGCCUCUGUAACACUAUCCACACAAGGUGAAGACACAUCCUCCAAACCCAAGGAAAUAAAGGAAAUGAGUUUAUUUCAGAGACUUUUUAUGCCAGAAAAAAAGGUACAAAUUGAGGACACUCUUCAACCCGAGACAGAGGUAAACAAGGAGGCCGGCAUCACAGUGGAACAGAACUCUCAGUUACAAAGUCUUCCACAGAACAAUACUCCACAAUUACAGAACACAGAUGGUUCCAAGCAAGCGUCUGUGCAGGUGCUGAACGCUGGUGCUGUAACACUGUCGACGACAACAACAGACACCAAAGCCACGCAAACCAGGUCGGAAGCCACCCAAACGACCCCUACAGAAGAGGUCCACCCAGUCAUGAGUUUCUUCAAAACCUUGGUCUCCCCUAACAAGCCCGCGACAAAAUCUGAGGACGAGAUAAAGAAUGAAGCCGAUGAGAAGAAAAAAGAGAACGGAGGAUUGAGAAAGUCACCCAUAAAAAAGGAGAAAUCAAAGAGCUUUUCGGAACAAACGCUGGACGCGGAAUCCAAAGGAUCAAAGAAUGCAGAGAGCUCCAAAACUAGGACACUUUCUAGAUUUUUUAAACAGAAGUCCAAAAAGGAGGAACAACAAGGAAGUGAAAAUAAAGUUGUGGAAGAACCCGCUGUUAUGUCUGUCUCUGUAAAUUCAGAGAAAGCAGCCGCUCCUGUGCAAAUACUAACCCAGGACCCUCUGCCUUCUGACUCUACCAUACAAUCGCAGAUUACAGCACAGACCUCCAAGGAUGGAGAAAAGGCUUCCAAGGAGUCCGCACCCCGACCAAGGCCAUUUUGGAGAAAGUCCUUCAAAGAAGAUCCUCAGACUAACCAACUAACACAGAACGUUGUGCAGGAACCGGCUGUUGUAUCUCUGUCUAUAGACUCAGAGAAAGCGGCCGCUCCUGUCCAAGUACUAGCACAGGACCCUAUACCCUCUGAAGCCAAUGUGCCAUUAAAGGAGGAAGGAAAAACUGCCAAAGAACCAACACCGCUGCCUAAACUGUUUUGGAGAAAGUCUUUCAAAUCAGAUCCUCCGCCCAAUAAGGUUCAAGAGAAUGUGGUACAAGAGCAGAAUGUUGUGUCUGUGUCUGUAAAUGCCGCACCCCAACCGGUACUAAAGGAGGCACCAAACCCCAAAGAACAGACGCAAACCUCCAUACAGCCCACCAACGAUGAAGUGAAAAAUGCAAAGGAACCCACCCCACGUCCUUUGCCUUUCUGGAGAAAGUCCUUUAAAGGAGAUCCUCCAUCUGUAAAGAUUCAAGAAAACUCUGUUAAUGGAGAUCUGCAAGUCAUUCAACCCACUGGAAAUGUUGCAGAGGAACAGGCAGUUGUAUCUGUGUCUGUAAACUCACAGAAAUCCGCUCCUGAGCAAGAACUAGCUCAGGACACUACUCCUAACUCAACACAAAGUUCAAAGGAUGACGGAAAAACGACCAAGGAAUCCUCCUCUCGACCUAUUACCUUUUGGAGAAAGUCUUUUAAGGGCGAUCCUUCACCCGUUAAGAUCCAAGAGAAUGUUGCACAGGAACAGGCAGCUGUAUCUGUGUCUGUAAACGUAGAGAAAUCAGCUCCAGAACCAAUACUAAUUCAGGAGACUACUCCUAACUUACAAUCACAGAACACAGGCAACAUCUCGAAGGAUGAAGGGAAACCAAUUAAUGAAUCGUCUCCAGGACCCGUUCCAUUUUGGAGAAAGCCGCUAUCGCACCAGAAGGGUACAGAAAAGUCUUGGAAGUCUCUCAAGGAGCAAAGGUUUUUCCUUCUUUGGUCUUUGCUAUUCUGGUCAUUUAAGGCUGAUCCACAGUCUAUAAAGAUCAAGGAAAACUCUUUAAAAGAAGAUCCACAAGUCAUUCAACUAACAGUGAAUGCGUCAUCAAAGCCAGAGGCCAAAGCCAAUACUGAUGCAGCAGCAGCUGCCGGCACCGGCCCCAAAGGACAGGAGACUCAAGACAAACAGAAGAAACCUGAAGAUGGGAAAAACGCUAAACCCAAACUGAUGAUGUUUUUCAAGCAGCUGUCAGUCAUUGGGGAUGGCGGUAAUACCAAUUCUGAGGAGACUAACCAGCAAAAGGCUAGCCCACCAACACUUGACAUCUCAGACGGGGUGGAGGUCAGUAAAAAUGAAAAAACUGUGGUCUCAGCUGUGGUAGAAACUCCAGCUCAGAAAAGCAAAGAGAACUCAAAGGACAAGAAAACAAUAGCGGAAAAAGCCACCAAGCAGGAGAUCAAAGAAUGUCCUGAAGCCACCAGCAGCUCGGUCCAACAGCAAGUUCCGGAGCCGGCCGUGGCACAGAAUGGAGGCGACUCAGAAAGUCAGAUGAAGAGGACCGAGAAGAGGCAGUCCCUCGGAAGCUUCUUCAAGGCAAUUGGACCCAAGAGAAUGUGUGACGCAGAAGUUCAAACCGACCCUGUCUCCAUUCUUCCCGCGGAAAAAGUCAAGUAAAUCCAUCCGGAAAGAGAGCAAAAGCAUGAGCGUUCACAAAAAAAUGUAUAUUUUUCAGGUGUCACUGUACAUAACUCAUUCGGAAACAAUAAAUCAUAGCAAUACACAAAAUUAUAGCCCAUAAACAUAUCCUAGCUGAUUUACUGGUCUGCACCAUUGGGUUGGGUUAUCUCACCCAUAAUAAGAGCCAUCACACAAACCCUUACAGAUGAUUUGCUCAUAAGUGAAAGAUAUGGAGAUUUAUGUUGUUUAAAGGAGGUGAAACGCAAGUAGUGACCCAUCAAAGUAAAAAAAGGCAAAAAACAGCUUUUUUUUCAGUAAUUUAAUUUAUCCCACAGACAGCUCAGGGAUAGAUCUCCCACAACGAUCCCACUUUUGGGUCAAAACGAAGGUAAACGGAGGUUACAGUUUCAGUUUGCACGCUAAAUUGUUGAUAUGCAGUCUUAAAUUACAUUAAUAUAAAGAAUGUUUUUUUAUGGAAAAUGAAUUAAUUUACAAGUAAAUCAGAAAAACACCUUUUUUUCAGUAUUUCGUGUUUCCGAGCAGGGGAUAUUCCAAAAUGUAUGGAGAGAAACUUUCCCUAGCCAAUUAAAAAAAGGUUCUGCAAAUGUAUGGGAUUUUACAUAUAUAUAUUUUAAAAAAAAAAUACUAUUUAGGGGAAAUUUGCUUUCUGGUUAUAGUUUUAAAUAAGAUAUUUUUAAAGUGUAGUUAUGCCAACCUCCAGUAGGGGGCGCAAUAUUACCAAACGCUCAUUCAUUCUGAGAUAUCUGGAGAACGCCGCCGCUGAUAUCUGUGCAUGUAAUUAAUAUAGACAGUCUAAUGAAUGCUGUAUUUGUUUGAUGAUCUAAUUGAAAACUAACUGAUCAGAUAAUCCACUUUUUUCAUUGUUACUCUAACGAAACAUUAUACAUUUUUGAUACAAUAAAAAAUGGUUUUAUUGUUUACUUAAUAAAACAAAUAACUGUACCGUACAACUUAUUUUAGCAUGUGAAAUAAAGUAUCUUUAGUGUACAGAGAUUAAAUAAAUUAAUUGAUUUCCUAUAA